UUACCAGGCUCUUGUCUAUGUCAAGGAAGUAUUAUGUGCAUUUCAUAGUAAAAACUUUCUGUUGUGUUAAAAGCCAAAGUAUGUCCUGUGACCUGAAAAAACCAAAAUAGUUUCAUACCUUCAACAGUUUUAAAUAAAAUGUUCCGCAACUUAAAAGCAAUUUGUGUAUUAGCUAUAAUUUUUAUAUUUUUCCACAGAAAAAUCGACUGUCAAUAUGCUUAUAUUGAUCACAACCAACAAGCCAACGCUUCGGUGUUUGUGCAAAAAUCGCGGGGUGUCGAGGAGACAUUCGAGUCGUUGGGGGACACAUAUUUGAAACAAAGUAGACCGCUUGAUAGAGGGCCCUACUUUGAUACAUCAGCUACGAAAAAUGUGACAUCGUUAGUUGGUAAAACAGCGCAUUUGAAUUGCCGUAUUAAGAACCUUGGAAACAAAACAGUUUCAUGGAUCAGACAUAGAGAUUUACACCUACUGACUGUGGGCGAAAGCACCUACACUUCCGAUCAACGAUUCACAUCCAUAUAUAACAAGCUAAGUGGGGAUUGGUCUUUGCAGAUUAAAUUUCCGCAAAUAAGAGAUUCCGGCAUUUAUGAAUGCCAAGUUUCAACAACGCCUCCUGUUGGCUAUACAAUGGUUUUCUCUGUAGUCGAACCGAUAACGAGCAUUCCUGGUGGUCCAGAGUUGUAUAUUGAUAUGGGCUCAACCGUUAAUUUAACUUGUAUUGUCAAACAUCUGCCCGAUCCGCCAUUGACAGUGCACUGGACUCACAAUAAUGAGGAAAUAAAUUACGAUUCACCACGUGGUGGCGUUUCCGUUAUCACCGAGAAGGGCGACAUUACAACGUCUUAUCUUUUGAUACAAAGAGCAAGAAUUUCCGAUUCCGGCAGAUAUGCUUGCUUACCAUCCAAUGCAAAUUCUAAAACUGUCAACGUACAUGUACUAAAUGGUGAACAUCCAGCAGCUGUACAACGUGCCGGCAAUUCAUUAAAUUAUUGUAGCAAUUUUAUUGUUGUGUUGAUUGUGUGUCGUAUAAUAUAUAUUAUAGAUUAAAACUUGUAUGUAUGUAAAUGCAAAACAAACAAAAAUUAAAUAUUUCUUACAUUGUUAUAGAUUCGAAAAUUUUAUAGAUAUUUAAAGGAAUAUCAUUGUAAAUUAAAGAUACAUUUUCUAUGUAAAUAUACUUUAUCUGAUCUAUUAAGCCUUAAAAAGCUAUGA